AUGUUGAAAAUUUUCAAAGGCUGUACACUUAUAUUAAGGCUUAGCACUGAAAAGGAGUUGGACAAACUUGUUAUGUGGAAGGAAGUUUUUAUCAAAGAACAUAGAGGUCAGAAUAAAAACGACAGAAAUGAGAAUAACCACCCUUUGGAAGCAGGUGGAUGUACAGAAGAUGCGAUAGGUGUAACAUCCCCAUCUCCAUUUUACGUGGAGGAAUGUGAAAGCUGUUUGGAACUGCUUUACGAAGUGGGACUGCAUAAAUAUUUGACUACCUGGUUCUCAUCAAACACAUUACCACAGGUUGAAACAACUCCUGAAUACUUGACAAAGUAUGGCAGGAAAAUGAGGGAUUCUCUAAAAUCGGACAACUUUAGGAGCACUACACUGAAAUUAUCUAAAUCUCAGCCGGAUUUAAAGCGACGACAUAACUCGUCUGAUCAAAUUAACUCAGUAAUUAGUUCAAGUGAUAAUCCUAUCAACAACUAUCAUAGUAUGAGUCAUCAUAGCCUUUACAAUCAAUGGUAUAACGGCUCACAGAAGAAUUACAGACAUUCAAGUAAUUUAGACAUCAGUUAUUCGGAAGAUUCUAAUAGCUUGAAGAGCAACAGUGAAAUAACUGAGGAGCGUGUGACCGGGCGGCGAGCGGACAGAGAACAUAAAGGUCGCCGUGACUCCUCUGGAUCUGAUUCUGACUGGGACAGACAGGAUGGGAGUAGAACUAGCGGGAAUAUGACUAUAUUAUGAAUAUAUUAUAUGACAGAUAUAAGAAAAAGUUUAUUUAAACGUUA